GCAACAUACAGCCCUUGCUUGCGGCUCACUCUUCACUUCGCUUCACUUCACUCGCUCCCGAUGCCGAGGCGAAGUCGGCGGUGCCUGUCAUUGGGACGAGCGGCGUCUGUGCGCUUCGUGUCGUCGUCGGGACGCAUGCCGGGCGAGAAGCCGCACCAACGCAACGCGGCCAACGCGAGAGAACGGGCGCGAAUGCGCGUCUUGUCCAAGGCGUUUUGCAGACUGAAGACCACGCUGCCGUGGGUGCCGCCGGACACCAAACUGUCCAAGCUGGACACCCUGCGCCUGGCCACCUCCUACAUUGCGCACCUCAGGACCCUCGUCGGCUGCGACGGAGGAAACGGUGUCGAUGCGCUCAGCUCGGAAGCGCCUCACCCCAACACUCUGACGUGGCCAUACUCGUUUCCAAGAGCAAUUACCGGCUCAGCUCGGCACCAGGAUCAACACAUUCAGGACUCGAGCUACCAGGAAGAGGACGAAGAGGACGACGAACAGUGGUCGCAAUGCAGCAGCCAGGACAGCAGCCCCCACCGGGCCAACUCCGAGUCCUUUUUGAGCCACUUCACCGACGUGCUAAUGGACAUUAGUUAAUAUU